CGCAAUUUCAGAGUUAUGGUUCUAUCGGGCAUAGCCAGUUUGACUCGCCUGUCUGCUUAUUCAUCUACUGGCUCCGCCAUCAAUCUCGGCUUCUUCAACUUCAACCACAUCUCUCGAAGAAUCGUACCCGUCAUAGUCUCUGCUAAUCGGCAGAGCUGUCGGAGAAUGGCUUCCUCAGUGGCUUCUUCCAAUGCGCCUCCACUUCAAGUGGUCUCGGAACAAGAUAAGAUUACUGCUCCUUAUGGCUCCUGGAAGUCCCCGAUCACCGCCGACGUCGUCUCCGGCGCUUCCAAGAGACUCGGAGGGACUUCUGUUGAUGGCCACGGCCGCCUUAUCUGGCUCGAAUCCCGUCCCAAUGAAUCAGGACGAUCGGUUCUUGUGAGAGAAGGAGAGAAACCUGGAGAUGAACCUGUCGAUGUUAUCCCCAAGGACUUUGCUGUGCGGACGCUGGCUCAGGAGUAUGGAGGUGGCGCAUUUCAGAUUUCGGGGGAUACUCUCAUUUUAUCGAAUUACAAGGACCAGAGAUUGUACAGGCAGUCAGUCGACUCUCCAGAUUCGUCGCCUGUACCACUCACACCAGAUUAUGGAGCCCCAGUAGUCUGUUAUGCUGACGGAGUCUUUGAUUCACGCUUUAGCCGUUAUGUCUCUGUAAGGGAAGAUCAGCGGAAAAGUAGUACAAAUUCAAUCACAACGAUUGUCGCGAUAGACCUUAGUGACAAGAAUAUCCAAGAACCCAAGGUAUUAAUUAGCGGCAAUGACUUCUAUGCCUUCCCACGUUUGGAUCCCAAAGGUGAACGUAUAGCGUGGAUUGAAUGGGGGCACCCUAACAUGCCAUGGGACAAAGCUGAACUCUGGGUCGGCUAUAUUGAUGGAAAGGGGGAGGUAUACAAACGCAUAUGUGUUGCUGGAUGUGAUCCUAUACUUGUGGAGUCUCCUACUGAACCAAAGUGGUCACCACAAGGGGAACUGUUUUUCAUUACUGAUAGAGAAAGUGGAUUUUGGAAUCUCUAUAAAUGGAAUGAAUCUGAAAAUAAGGUGGUAGCAGUUUACUCGUUGGAUGCUGAGUUUUCAAGACCAUUAUGGGUUUUUGGCAUAAAAUCUUAUGAUUUUAUCCUGAGUGGUGAUGCGAAGAAUCUAAUCGCUUGUAGUUAUAGGCAGAAGGGAAUAUCAUAUCUUGGAAUUCUGGAUGAUGCUCAGGGCUCAUUAUCAGUGCUUGAUAUUCCUUUUACUGACGUGGAUAAUAUCACUUUAGGUAAUGGUUGCCUGUACAUAGAGGGUGCAUCUGCAGUUCACCCAUCAUCAGUGGCUAAGGUUACUUUAGAUGAUCAUAAAUCAAAAGUUGUUGAUUUCAAGAUUGUUUGGUCUUCUUCUCCUGAUUGUUUAAUGUACAAGUCUUACUUUAGCUUGCCAGAGUUUAUUGAAUUUCCAACAGAAGUCCCUGGUCAAAAUGCAUAUGCCUACUUUUAUCCACCAUCAAAUCCCAAUUAUCAAGCUAGCCAAGAAGAAAAGCCACCGUUGUUAUUGAAAAGUCAUGGAGGACCUACUAGUGAGACACAUGGAAUCUUGAAUCUGAGCAUCCAGUAUUGGACUAGUAGAGGUUGGGCAUUUGUGGAUGUAAACUAUGGUGGAAGCACAGGUUACGGAAGAGAAUAUCGAGAACGCUUGUUGGGACGCUGGGGAAUUGUUGAUGUGAAUGACUGUUGUAGCUGUGCUAGAUAUAUGGUGGAAAAUGGAAAAGCAGAUGGGGAGCGUCUCUGUAUAACUGGAGGUUCGGCUGGCGGUUAUACUACAUUAGCUGCUCUUGCUUUUAAAGACACAUUCAAGGCCGGAGCUUCCUUAUAUGGCGUUGCUGACUUAAACCUGUUAACAGCAGAAACUCACAAAUUUGAGUCUCACUAUACCGAUAGGCUUGUUGGAGGUGAGAAGGAGUGUUUUGAGAGAUCCCCUAUCAACUUUGUGGAUAGAUUUUCUUGCCCAAUAAUUCUCUUCCAAGGAUUGGAAGACAAGGUUGUGCCUCCUGAUCAAGCUCGUAAAAUCUACAAGGCAAUAAAGGAAAAAGGUUUGCCAGUUGCUCUUGUGGAGUAUGAAGGAGAACAGCAUGGUUUCCGCAAGGCCGAGAACAUCAAAUUCACGCUGGAACAACAAAUGGUGUUCUUCGCACGUCUGGUAGGUCAUUUCAGUGUUGCAGAUGAUAUCACUCCAAUCAAAAUUGAUAACUUUGAUUAAGCUUGCUGUAGAAAGGAAGUUUUUCUGAUGACACCAAAAUAAGCUCGAAUGACUGUGGAAUGGCUGCAAGUUUGUGAUGUACCAAGUCUUUUAUACUGUUUCCUUUGUUCUUGUAUUAUGGGUUUUCCUCUUCUUCUUUUUAGCAAGCCGCUUUCUUUCUUACUUUUAACUUCAUGUUAAUUUCUAUACUUUAUUUGUUUAUUUGUGUUCAAGUGAUAAUGCCCCAAGUGCCUUCA